AUGGCCUCCCAAAUCAGCAAAAAGCGAAAGUUUGUCGCCGACGGUGUCUUCCGUGCCGAACUCAACGAAUUCUUCACCCGGGAGCUUGCUGAGGAGGGUUACUCUGGAUGUGACGUUCGGGUCACCCAUGCACGAACUGAGAUCAUCAUCCGUGCUACCCACACCCAAGAAGUCCUCGGCGAGAAGGGCCGCCGCAUUCGUGAACUUACUGCCCUUGUUCAAAAACGUUUCAAGUUCCCAGAAAACUCCUUGGAGCUCUACGCCGAAAAGGUCCAAUACCGUGGUCUCUCUGCUAUCGCCCAGUGCGAGAGCUUGCGAUACAAGCUUUUGGGUGGUCUUGCCGUCCGACGUGCCUGCUAUGGUGUCCUCAGAUUCGUUAUGGAGUCUGGUGCCAAAGGUUGCGAAGUAGUUGUCAGCGGCAAACUCCGUGCCGCUCGUGCCAAAUCCAUGAAGUUCACCGACGGCUUCAUGAUCCACUCUGGUCAACCUGCUCUUGAGUUCGUCGAUUACGCUGUCCGACACGUUCUCCUCCGACAGGGUGUGUUGGGAAUCAAAGUUAAAAUUAUGAAGGGUUAUGACCGUGAGGGACAACUCGGCCCACGCAAACCCCUCCCCGACUCUGUCCAAAUUUUCGAGCCCCCCGUCGACAAGAUCAUCUCCGAGCCUCUUUCCGAGCAGCGCGAACUCCCUGCUGUCGCCGUCGCUCCGGCAGCUGAGGAAGCAUACGCUCCCCCUCAGGAGCAGCCCCCACAGGAGGCUUAUGCGGAGCAAUUCUAAUUCACCCUGUAGUAUAUACGCACGCAAUGACACUAUUCUCUC